CCAAUUCCCACCGACAAGUCUAGAGGCCAACGAGUAGUUACCUGUAAAAUCGUUUCUCUUGUGACAGUUUCCAUCUCUCUGCUACUUCCAUAUUUUCAUCUCUCUUCUUCAAACACUAUAUAUAUAUAUACACACACACACACAUACUUAUAUUUCGAAUAGCCAAUUUCGAAAACCCUAGUUUCUCAUCCCCACAUAGAGUACAUGUUUUACAUGCGUACUUGUUUGGUUCAAUAUCAUUCGAUUCCGAGAACAAGUCCAUGAGACGAAGAGGGGUUGACUUUCGAAGGCCAGUGAGGAGGAGGUAUUCGAAGGUGCUAUGUUUGAUACUAUGUGCCAUCGUGAUUUUGCUAUUUUUAGUUCUUGUUCGCCAAGAGAGAAGAUCAACAUCAACACCAGCAAUGGUUCAGAGAUACAAGUGGCGCACCAAAUAUAUGGCAGGCCUUAACAUUACUGAAGAAAUGGUGAGCCCUCACUCAAUUACAAGACAACUCACUGAUCAAAUUUCUCUUGCCAAAGCUUUUGUUGUAAUUGCGAAAGAAAGCAACAAUCUUCAGUUUGCAUGGGAGUUAAGUGCCCAGAUCCGCAAUUCACAGGUCCUUCUAUCAAAUGCAGCAACAAUGAAAAACCCAUUGACAGUAGCAGAGUCAGAAACAGCAAUCCGCCGUAUGGCGUUGUUGCUAUAUCAAGCCCAGCAACUACAUUACGAAAUUGCAACCAUGAUUAUGAGACUGAAAGUCAAAAUCCAGUCUCUCGAAGAACAAGCCAAGUCGUUGAGUGAGAAGAGCUCAAAGUAUGGACAAAUAGCUGCUGAAGAAGUUCCAAAAGGCCUAUACUGUCUCGGUGUCAGGUUGACAGGUGAAUGGUUCAGGAAUUUAAAUUUCCAGAAGAAGCUCACAGGAGGAAAUCAGAUUGCUGAGAAACUUGAAGACAAUAAUCUCUAUCAUUUCUGCAUUUUUUCUGACAACAUCCUUGCAACUUCAGUUGUGGUUAACUCAACAGCGUCAAAUUCCAAAAAUCCAGAUCUGUUUGUUUUCCACCUUGUGACUGAUGAAAUCAACUAUGCUCCGAUGAAGGCCUGGUUUUCCAUGAACAGUUUCCACGGUGUAACAGUUGAGGUUCAGAAGUUUGAAGACUUUACUUGGUUGAAUGCUUCUUAUGUCCCUGUUCUAAAGCAGCUCCAAGAUUCGGACACUCAAAACUAUUACUUCUCUGGAAAUAAUGAUAAUGGCAAGACACCAAUCAAAUACCGUAACCCAAAAUACCUUUCUAUGCUUAACCAUCUUAGGUUUUACAUUCCUGAAGUUUUCCCUGCACUGGAGAAGAUAGUUUUUCUUGACGAUGAUGUGGUGGUACAGAAAGAUCUGUCACCUCUCUUCUCUAUUGAUUUGAAUGGAAAUGUAAUUGGAGCUGUUGAGACAUGCAUGGAGACUUUCCACAGAUACCACAAAUAUUUGAAUUACUCUCACCCGCUAAUACGUGCACAUUUUGAUCCAGAUGCAUGUGGAUGGGCAUUUGGGAUGAAUAUAUUUGAUUUGGUUGAGUGGAAAAAAAGGAAUGUGACUGGCAUCUAUCACUACUGGCAGGAGAAAAACAUCGACCGAACAUUGUGGAAGCUUGGAACAUUGCCACCAGGACUGCUGACUUUCUAUGGGAUGACUGAGCCUCUCAAUCCCAGGUGGCAUGUUUUGGGAUUGGGCUACACAAAUGUUGAGCCUCAAUUGCUAGAGAAUGGGGCUGUACUGCACUUUAAUGGAAACUCAAAGCCAUGGUUGAAGAUUGGGAUGGAGAAAUACAAACCGCUGUGGAAUAAAUAUGUUGAUUAUGCUCAUCCUAUGUUGCAACAAUGUAAUGUACAUUGAUAAUGGGACAUAAAUUUGGGUUUCUGCACAACAAAAUACCUCUUUAUUGUACUGAACUCUGCUUGGUAAUGGCUGUAAGUUUUUGUGAGUGCAUCAAGCAAGGUUGGUGAUCAAGAGACGCUGUGCUUGGUAAUGGCUAUGAGAUUUUCUGAGUCAUCAAGCAAGGUUGGUGAUUGGGGAGAUAUAUACUGAGUUUUUAUUAGAUGCCUACUGCAGUAUAGGAAAUUUUCGCUAGGUAGUAGCUGCAAUUGUAAUUUAUAUUCAUUCUCUCUCUUGUUAUCUCAUAGUUUGCUGUUUGCAACAUUGUUAUUUUUGUACUUCUUUCACCAACAUAUAGAUCCAUUUAUCUAGCA